CUCCGGGGCGGUGGGGGAGGGAGGGGGUAGCGGCGCCGGGAGCGCAGGGACUUUCUGGUCCGUCUCCGAGCGAUCCCGUUGCCUGUGUCGGAUGUGACUGUCAGGAUCUUUCAGCCGCGAGUCCCCAGCGUGAAGAAAACGAAGGAAUACAUGCUGUCUGCCCAAGGCGUCGGGACCUGCUGACGCGACUUCUGAGCUGUGACUUUUCCCAGUCAGUGGGACACCGGUGGCUCCAUGUCCCAGCUCCAGAGCUCCUGGGAAAUGCACCAGCAGAGCGUGGCGUAUCUUCCAGAUACAGCUGGUGUGAGUGUGCCGGUGCUGCUUCCUGUCUGUGCACGAGGGAAAUUCUGCGCCGGCGUCCGGGCGGCGUGACCUCCUUCCCUGUGGUUUCGCAGCGUCGUUCUGGACAUGGAGACCGUGGCUGCUAGCACAUCGCUUCCCGACCCCGCCGGCGAGUUCGACAGGAACGUGCCCCGCAUCUGCGGCGUCUGUGGAGACAGAGCCACUGGCUUUCACUUCAACGCCAUGACCUGCGAAGGCUGCAAGGGCUUCUUCAGGAGGAGCAUGAAGAGGAAAGCCAUGUUCACGUGCCCCUUCAAUGGCGACUGCAAAAUCACCAAGGACAACCGGCGGCACUGCCAGGCGUGUCGGCUGAAGCGCUGCGUGGACAUCGGCAUGAUGAAGGAGUUCAUCCUGACGGACGAGGAGGUUCAGAGGAAGCGCGAGAUGAUACUGAAGCGCAAGGAGGAGGAAGCCCUCAAGGAGAGCCUGAAGCCCAAACUCUCGGAGGAGCAGCAGAAAGUCAUCGACAUCCUCCUGGAGGCUCAUCACAAAACCUACGACCCCACGUACUCCGACUUCACCAAAUUUCGGCCCCCCAUGAGAAGCAGCGCUAGCAGCAGGGGGGCAGCGAGGUCCUCCUCCAUCCUCACCCAGGACUUGUCAUCAGAGGACUCCACCGACCUCUUCGGCUCCGAUGCCUUCAGCACGUUUCCAGAAUCUGUGGAGCCCCAGAUGUUUUCGAACCUGGUCCUCUCUGAGGAGAACGACGAGAGCUCCUCCGUGAACAUCGACUUCUCCCACCUCUCCAUGCUCCCGCACUUGGCCGACCUGGUCAGCUACAGCAUACAGAAGGUGAUCGGCUUUGCCAAAAUGAUCCCGGGAUUCAGGGACCUGACAGCAGAGGACCAGAUCGCCCUGCUGAAAUCCAGCGCCAUCGAGGUGAUCAUGCUGCGCUCCAACCAGUCCUUCACCCUCGAGGACAUGUCGUGGACCUGCGGCAGCAAUGACUUCAAGUACAGGGUCAGCGACGUCACCCAAGCUGGCCACAGCAUGGACCUGCUCGAGCCGCUCAUCAAAUUCCAGGUUGGCUUGAAGAAGCUGAACCUUCACGAAGAAGAGCACGUGCUCCUCAUGGCCAUCUGCAUCCUGUCCCCAGAUCGCCCCGGCGUGCAGGACACCUCGUUGGUGGAAUCCCUCCAGGAUCGCCUCUCGGAGAUCCUCCAGACCUACAUCCGCUGCCGGCACCCUCCUCCCGGCAGCCGCCUGCUUUACGCCAAGAUGAUCCAGAAGCUGGCGGACCUGCGGAGCCUCAACGAGGAGCACUCCAAGCAGUACCGCUGCCUCUCCUUCCAGCCCGAGCACAGCAUGCAGCUCACCCCCCUGGUGCUCGAGGUCUUCGGCAACGAGAUCUCCUGACUCCGGCCGGCACGUCUGAACGCCCACCAGUACCACCAGUAAAGGGAUAAAUCAGACUGGUUUCCCCCCAUCCCCCACCCACCCCCGAAAAGAGAGACGUCGCCCCGCGCGGGAGUUUUGUACAUAAACCGUCUGGUUUCACACUACUUUUUGGCUUCUCGGCCGCAACGGCUGAGGUUGGACAGACCCAGAUGUGUGCGGUUUCACCCCAAAUCCGCCAACCCGCCCUCCGCGAGAGCUGACUUAAGCCCUUUAUGGAUGUUUUGGGGCCGGGCUGCCCCGAAUCCCGUCUUUCUUGACCCGAAAAAACGGGGCUGCUUGGAAGGAGAAGGUGUUUUUUUUUGGGGGGGGGUGGUGGGGAGGAGACGGACCCGGGGGCGUUGCUGAGCCCUCGGCACCAUUUGUGCUCCCCUCCGAAAAAUCUCCAAAAGUCGUCUCCCCCACACCCCGUUUCAAAACAGGAGACACCGGUUGGAUCGAACAUCCCCCCCCCCCGAAAUCCCUGCUGGGAAACGCCGCGGGACGUGUCCCCCCCGCGUGUCACCAGCUCAAACCUGUCCCGUGGGCCUGGGACGUGGCCGUGUCCGCCCCGAGAGGGGGAAUUCGGGCCGGAGCGGGGGGUAAUUUGCCUUCCCCAUGCUCCUGCGGGAGAGGGGGGCUCUGGGGCAGGACCCCCACCGUGCCCACGUCCCCCCCCCCCCCCGCAGCCCCUGACGGCGUCACGGUGACCCGGUGUGGCUUCCGCACCCUGCCCUGUCCCGUGUCACCGGGCGCCGGAGGCUGCUGCGUGUCCCCGUCCCCGCUGGGGGACACGGUGGGGGGGACACAGGGGGCAGGGGGAGCCUCCAUCACCACCCCCCCCCGCCGGGCCCUGCGGUGUCGGGGAGGGGGCCCGGCUCACCCGAA